AUGUACAAAGCUUUAGCGAGCAGAGCUAAGUCUCUCUGUGACACCAAAUCAUCAACCUUCCUUGCUUCUUUCACCUCUUCCAGAUUGAAACAUUCAUUACCAUUUGCUACCGUUGAUGCUGAGGAGAUCUCUGGUUCUCACCCUGGUGAAGUACAGAGUUUUGUGCAAGGAAAGUGGAUAGGUUCUUCUAACUAUAACACGCUUCUUGAUCCUCUCAAUGGAGAACCUUUUAUUAAAGUUUCUGAAGUGGAUGAAUCAGGUGUUCAGCCAUUUGUUGAGAGCUUGUCACAGUGUCCUAAACAUGGUCUCCAUAACCCUUUUAAAUCUCCAGAGAGGUACCUUUUAUAUGGAGAUAUCUCCACCAAGGCAGCUCAUAUGCUCGCCUUACCUAAGGUAUCUGAUUUCUUCACGAGGUUGAUUCAAAGAGUUGCUCCAAAGAGUUACCAGCAAGCUGAGGGAGAAGUCUUUGUCACAAGAAAGUUCUUAGAGAACUUUUGUGGUGAUCAGGUGAGGUUCCUGGCAAGGUCUUUUGCAGUACCUGGGAACCAUCUUGGCCAGCAAAGUCAUGGCUACCGUUGGCCUUAUGGUCCUGUGACAAUUGUUACACCAUUUAAUUUCCCACUUGAGAUUCCUCUACUUCAGUUAAUGGGUGCUUUAUACAUGGGCAACAAACCUCUUCUUAAAGUUGACAGCAAGGUGAGCAUUGUAAUGGAGCAAAUGAUGAGAUUGCUUCACUACUGUGGUUUACCUCUUGAAGAUGUUGACUUUAUAAACUCUGAUGGCAAGACUAUGAACAAGAUAUUAUUAGAGGCCAAUCCAAGGAUGACACUCUUCACUGGUAGCUCUAGAGUAGCUGAAAAGCUGGCACUUGAUCUCAAGGGUAGGAUCAGAUUAGAAGAUGCUGGAUUUGAUUGGAAAGUAUUGGGACCAGAUGUUCAGGAGGUUGAUUACGUUGCAUGGGUUUGUGAUCAAGAUGCAUAUGCCUGCAGUGGACAAAAGUGUUCUGCACAGUCUAUGCUUUUCAUGCAUGAGAACUGGGGGAAAACCCCUCUUGUUUCAAAACUAAAAGAUCUUGCCGGAAGACGGAAACUAGAAGACUUAACCAUUGGUCCUGUCCUAACAUUUACAACUGAGGCAAUGUUGGAGCACAUGGAGAAUCUACUUCAGAUUCCAAACUCAAAGCUACUCUUCGGUGGGAAGCCAUUAAAGAACCAUUCAAUUCCUUCUAUCUAUGGAGCCUUGGAGCCUACUGCUGUUUAUGUUCCCAUUGAAGAGAUCUUGAAGGAUAAUAAUACUUAUGAACUCGUCACCAAAGAGAUUUUUGGGCCGUUUCAGAUUGUAACGGAAUACAAAAAGGAUCAACUCCCUCUUGUGUUGGAUGCUUUAGAGAGGAUGCAUGCUCAUUUAACUGCAGCUGUUGUUUCAAAUGAUCCCAUCUUUAUCCAGGAAGUGAUAGGGAACUCAGUGAAUGGGACUACUUAUGCUGGACUUAGAGGAAGAACAACUGGUGCUCCUCAGAAUCACUGGUUUGGACCGGCAGGGGAUCCGAGAGGAGCAGGGAUAGGGACACCAGAGGCUAUAAAGCUGGUGUGGUCAUGCCACAGAGAGAUCAUCUAUGACUAUGGACCGAUUCCACAUGGUUGGGAGCUUCCUGCAUCGACUUAAAGAAGUGUGUGUGUGUGUGUGUGUGUGUGUGUGUGUGUGUGUGUGUGUGUGUGUGUGUG